AUGCCAAUACCUGGAGUCUAUUUCAUCGGAAAAUGCACGCAGCCAGACUGCACAUACUACCUCCGUCAAGUCCCUUUAUAUGUCGGUAGUCAAGGUACCUUCGAUAUCGCAAGAGUAAAAAAUGUUUGCCAAUGUGGUGGGUGCUCAAAUCCAAUUUCAAAAAUUGUGAACAUUCUCUUUGUACCCUUCAUUUUAUUAUAUUUCUUUACAUUUACCUUAAAUCUGGCCCUAUUUUAAUUUAAAAAAUAUAAAGACAUCUCUGGCACUAUUUUGCAAAUUAUUUAAAUGUAAAAUAAAUUGUACAUGAACAUUUAAAGGAAAGCUUCAAAGUGGAGAAAGGAAGACGUUAGAGGAAGAAAGAGUUGUGGAUAAACUAGAAUAUUUCCCCUUUACAAAAGAUGUCAUAUGGGAUUGACUUGUUAUUAAAGUCAGGCCGAACCAGCCAACACCUCAAACUAGGCAAGAAAAAGAAGUUGCUCAUAUGUCUGUACAAACUGACCAGACUGAAUCCAUCCCCACGAUGAGCCUAGACAAAGUUAUUAUUGAUGCCCUAACAAAGCAGGCUAAGAAAUACUGUGAUAAAUAUUAUAAAGUCAAAGCUGAGCUAAAAUCAUUUAUAAUUAAGAUUAAUUAUAAGGGUCAGUGGGUUUACCUCAUGUGGCGCUAGACACAACUCUGAAUAUCGCCCUUUUUCCUCCUUAGCUAUCGAGUAAAGAUUGCCUACCGUCAGCAGGGCUUGAAGUAUUUCUGAAUCACCCAAAAUUUCCUUCUUGGCCUGCCUUAGCCCUAUUGCAGAUUAAAGAGUACCUCCCAAGAAGUACGGAAUUAUGCUUAACCUCGGUCUGUCGUCUUAGAAUCGAGAAAAAGGUUUAGCAUCAACAAAAAAAAUUCCAGAAAACUACCGCCAAUGGGAUCCACCUCCCUUAGGUGCCAUUUUUAAUUCUAAAUCAUUUAUGAAGAAAGCUAAAAUUGAGGAGUUUAAUUUUAAGUAA